CAGCUGAUUUGUCUGGAGGGUUUCACAGGAAAGUGUGGCAUUCACGACCCAGCGCUCAUGCAGUACAGACCGUCCACAGCCUGCUUGCCAGCAUCCGCUGCUCUGGCCAGAUCCCAAACACACUUAGAGGAGAGAAAGAGAGAGAGGAGAGCAGAUGUGGUGAGUGUGACAGAGGAGGGAACAGUUAGGUGAACUCUAAAGGGGAAUCCUGAGAGCAGAAAGAAAAAGGCAAGUAAGGACACAGAACAUUCCACUGCUUGUAUCCUUUCAAAUUCGACGCUAUUUUACCACAUUCUCAAACUUUUAAACAUGGAAGUGAUUGAAGACCGCCAUCUGCACCUGGAGGUGCCUGACAUGCACAAAUCCCUUACUGAGAUCUCAGAAGAUGAAAUCAACCUCCCGGCCUCUGAUGAUGAAGAUGAGGCCAUCGCCGAGAACAAAGCAAAAGCCGCUGAUGAGAAAGAAGAGGCAGGUGAGGGAGACAAAGGUGAGAUGAAUGGAGUCAUGGUCCUGGCGCUGCUGGACAAAAUCAUUGGGGCCGUGGACCAGAUCCAGCAGACUCAGGCUGGGUUGGAAGCCCGUCAGCGGGUGAUGGAGAGAUCAGUGACGGGCAUCCAGGGGGAACUCACCAAACUGUCUAAGAGCCACACCACCACAGCCAACACGGUCAAUAAGAUGCUGGAGAAGGUGCAGAAAGUCAGUGUGAAUGUGAAGACGGUGCGAGGGAGCCUGGAAAAACAGGCUGGGCAGAUCAAACGCCUGGAGAGCAACGAGAACGAACUUCUGAAGAGAAGAAACUUCAAAGUCAUGAUCUACCAGGAUGAAGCGAAAAUACCUUCAAAAGUUAGUGUGGCCAAGUCCAUGAAGUUUCCAGAGCCUGUGGAAGGAGAAGCUGAAGGCGAACACAAAGCAGCAGCAGAGGAAGGAGGAGAAGACAAAGAGAAAGUCAAUCUGGACCUGUCCUCAGAUGAAGAGGAGGUGGAGAUCGAGGAGACCAUUGAGGAGUCUCGAGCAGAGCGCAUCAAACGAAGCAGCCUGCAACGCGUCCAGAACAUCAAAACUGUUUUCUCCAAGGAAAAAAUGGAGAAAACCAAGCAAAAGACCAAGGAGAAUUUGGAGAAGACCAAACAGAAGACCAAAGAGAACUUGGAGAAAACUCGCAUGAAGACCAAAGAGAACUUGGAAAAAACCAGGCAGAAGACCAAGGAGAAUCUUGAGAAGACCAAACAGAAGACCAGGGAGAACCUGGAGAAAACACGUCACAACAUAGAGAAAAAGAUGGGCAAACUUGGCAAUCGGAUGUCUGUGAACCCCGAGCGCAAGGAGAAGCUAAAGUCCUCGCAGAAGAAGAUGGUAAAGUCUUUCACUCCUGAACACACCAUCUAUGCUCGCUCCAAAACGGCUGUCUACAAGGUUCCACCGUUCACCUUUCAUGUGAAAAAGAUGCGUGAAGGAGAAGUGGAGAUCCAGGGAACCGAGAUGGUGGAAGUCGUUGGGGAAGCAGAGGAGAUGGAGAAUGCAGUGAUGGAGGGAAUAGAAGAUGAGGAGAUGGAGAUGGAAGAUGGUGAGAUGGUGGAGGAAGAUGACGAGGACGAGACAGAAGAUAGCCCUGAGAUGAGAGCGCUACUGGAGAGGGGAAAAGAGCUGGUGUUAGUGGAAGACCAUGACAGAGAUAGUGAUUAGUGUUUGUGUGUGUAUUUGGGUGCUUGCACAUUAGAGAAGCUUGUAACAGAAUGUUUGAUUGGUAGGACAGUAUGGAAGGCUCAGUUUGAUAUCAAAUGUCAAUACAGAAAAUUUGAUUUCUGAAAGCUCAACUCUCUGAGAUGCUAAUCAAUGAACUGAUGCCUAAAGAGGUUUUUCCUCUACAUCUACAGCAGAGCACCAUCUCAAUUAAAGUGUUUGCAGCAUUCUCUGACAUAGCAUAACCUCUAGUGUGUAGGCACCCUGAGCAUGUGUGCUGUACUGCUAGUCCAGAUAUUGGAUUCUGCAGGAGAAUGUGAAUGUGUCUGUUUGCAUGUGUGUAUCUGCAUCUUUUCUAUCAGCAGAAUGUUUAAAAUUUAGGGUGACUCUAUUCACCUAACGUAUGUGCGAGUGAGAGAUUUACUGUACUAGUUCAAGUAACUUAGUUCCUUGAGUGAAUCUUGUUUGGUAAGACUAGGCGUGCCAAUCAAUAAGAUGCAACAUGGUAUCUGGGAACAUUAUUGUGCUAGA